AUGUCCAUCCGGAUGACAGCGCCUGUUUCGCUCUGGCCGAUCCGAGUUUUCAGUCUGGAGGAGACGGCGACAACUGACGGAGGGCUGGCUGGUGGCCGGCCAGUAGCAGUGGGGAGAUGCACGAGAGGCGGGCGUGAAUGGCGCGAACGGUGUGUGGCGUGGGUGACUGAUAUUAGCCACAGCUCGAUUCGAGAAACGAGAUCAGGCUGUUUGGCCGGCGGGCGAGAGCCUGGACGAGGGCGCGGGCAUCGCUGCCUCUUAAAGGCGGGCGGUGGGUGGGCAAUUGGCUCCUUUGGGCGGUGCUGCGCUCUUCUCUGGGAUCGUUACCGGCUGGUGGACGGAUGGAGGGCUGGGGGUGCAGAUGAGAUGGGCGACGAUAGCGAUGGCGGCAUGGCGCUGCGCCACUCGAGCACCUCCCCUCCUCUUCUUGUUGAUCCCGUCUCGCGGCAGACGAGUUCUCCCACCACCACCAGCAGCAGCGCCGUGGUAAUAAAGGCGGCGGCGACUGCAGCGACCUGUGGCGUCCGUAUCGGCCUGUGGUGCGACUCUCCCGCCUGCGCUUUGAGCGGAGGGACGUACUUCGGCACCGAGCGGCGCCGGCGCCCUUCCUGGCUUGCGUCGUGCAUCCACGCUCAUUCGCCCGCCGCCGCGAGGAACCCAUCCGCGCGUGAGGCUGCCCACUCUGCUCGUCGGCCACUAACUCCUCGCUCGCCCGCCAAUUUGCGUCCUGCCCGGCGUCCCGUCACUCUCCUCCCAGACAGCACGCCUCCUCCCGAUUGCUGCGGCUUUCACUCCCCCAGCGCCCAUCGCUGCUGUUUGAGGCUCCUCCGCACCGCCGUCAUCUCGAACGCCGCCAUUAUAGCUCGGCUGCGCUGGGGUCCGUGUUGCAUCCCCGUCGUCGCUAGCCCACGGCAUCCAGCCACAGCUUUCCCAGCCGGCCGACUUCGUCAUCGGCACCACCAGCCCUUCGCGCCUCUCGUGCCGUGCAGCACCACCACGCCUCUUCCACCUCGCUGCGAGAAGGGAGAACGAAGAGUGCCCAUCCAUCUGACGCCCCGCCGGACCUCCUCACAGCCUCAUCGCCGUGCCUGCAGCGCCGCACUUGACUACCCGCAUCGCGUGCUGCCCUCGCCAGUCGCAUCGCGGCCACCGACCUCGUCGCUGGCCGUCCCAACGCCGUCCAGCUGCAUUGCUCCCUUGAGCGCACCCUCGAACGGUUCCUGGCUGUCCGCUUGGGGCAUAGGACGGCAGAUCACCUUGGCUGAAGACGCAUCUGCAGCCGCACGCCCUGCACGCCCUGCGACGCCCACUCCUGAGCGCAUCGCGAAUUGCGCUUGUCAAAUCACUGCGUCCAUCUGGAACAUCUGCUGGCGGCGCAUGCUGCCAUGA